AUGUCUCAGGUAGACCCACUCCCCUUGGCUGAGCCUGUAGAGGUCACUAGCGACUCAGGUGCUGCUGCGGGUGGUGCUGCUCGGGGUGUUGCGUUUGGGGGUGAUGAGCCUGUGCGUGAGGUGCUGGGGGUUGCUGAGCCUGGGGGUGCUGAGCCUGCGAGUGCGGAGCCUGGGGGUGCUGAGUUGGAGGGUGCCAGGUCUGGGAGUGCUGAGUCUGUUGGCGUUCCUCCGGGUCUCUUUUCACGACGGGGGCCUCUCUCACCACAGCAGCUACAAGAGUGGCUUGCGUGGCGUGCUCGCAUGAGGAGUCGUGCUGCUGGAGCUGGAGAUCCUGCUGCUGGAGCUACUGCUGCUCGAGGUUCUGCGGCUGGAGUUGCUGGAGCUGCUCGUCGUGGAGGCGCUGGGGGUGCUGGUGUUUCUGGGUCUAGAGGUGCUCGUACUGGAGGUACUGGAGCGGCCUGGACUGGUGGUACUGCUGGUGCUAGAGGAGUUGGUACUGUUGGCGCUGAGGGUCCUGGAGUUGCUCGUACCGGAGGGUUGCUGAGUCUACUGGAGGUCCUCCUGGGGCUGUGUCGCAACAGUCACCUCUCUCGCCGCAGAAGCUGCGCGAGUGGCUUGCUUCGCGUACCCCCCCUCGGAGUCGCGCUGCUGGAGCUGGAGGCACUGAUGCUGGAGGUGCCGGACAUGGAGGCACUAGAGAUGGAGGCGCUGGAUCUGGAGACCCUGGAGCUGGAGGUGCCGGUUCUAGGGGUGCUGCUGCUGGAGGCACUGGAGCUGGGGGGGCCCUGGGGCUGA